UAGGCUUCGUUAGAUAUUAGUACCGGAUGAAGUCCACCGCAGAGGAGCUGGUCUCCCGUGCCUCGCGCGCUUCCGCACGCUGCUUCCCACCACCGUCGAAGGAUCCGCCGCUGUUCUCGCCCGCCCCACCCUGUUAUCACUCCUUUAACCUUCUCCUCCUCCACCUUUCCUCAUGGAUUCUUUCCCUCCUCUUCUCCUUCGCAUCUGACGCCGCCUUCGUAAGACCUCCGUUUCCGGUAGAGGCAGGAUGGCCUCCUACCUUCGCCGCCACGGCCUCCUGUCCUUCGUCCUCCUCGUCGUCGCCGCAGACUGCGCCACCUCCGCCUCCAGCAUCCGCAUCGAUGUCAUCCGGCGCCCCUCCAGCACGACCUCGUCCAUUCCCGCGUUCCGGGAGGCCCCCGCCUUCCGGAACGGCGACGAGUGCGCGUCGCCGUCCGCCGCGGGGCGUGUCGAAAUCGCCAUGACCCUCGACGCCAACUACCUGCGCGGUACCAUGGCCGCCGUCCUCUCCAUCCUCCAGCACACCUCGUGCCCCGAGAGUGUCACCUUCCACUUCCUCGCCGCCCGGCUCGAGGCCGAAGUCCUCGCCAGCAUCCGCUCCGCCUUCCCUUACCUCGACUUCCGCGUGUACCGCUUCGACUCCGCCCGCGUGCGCGGCCGCAUUUCCCGCUCCAUCCGCCAUGCCCUCGACCAGCCGCUCAACUACGCGCGCAUCUACCUCGCUGACAUCCUCCCUCCUGAGGUCCGCCGCGUCAUCUACCUCGACUCCGACAUCAUCGUCGUCGACGACAUCCGCCACCUGUGGGAGGUGGAGCUCGGAGACCAUGUGGUGGCGGCGCCGGAGUACUGCCACGCCAACUUCACCAAGUACUUCACCGACGCCUUCUGGUCGGACGCCACGCUCUCCAGCACGUUCGUCGGCCGACAGCCCUGCUACUUCAACACCGGGGUGAUGGUCAUGGACGUCGAGAAGUGGAGGUCGGGUGGCUACACCAAGAUGGUGGAAGACUGGAUGGCGGUGCAGAAGCAGAAGCGGAUCUACCACUUGGGUUCUCUGCCACCAUUCCUCCUGGUACUGGCCGGAAACAUCAAGGCAGUGGAUCACAGAUGGAACCAGCACGGCCUGGGCGGAGACAACAUCGAAGGCAAGUGCAGGAGCCUUCACCCAGGGCCUAUCAGCCUUCUCCAUUGGAGUGGCAAAGGAAAGCCUUGGUUGAGGCUGGACUCCAGAAAGCCUUGUGCUGUGGACUACCUUUGGGCACCCUACGACCUCUACAGGUCUUCGUUACCCACCUUAGAAGAGUAAGGCGGUCUGGCGAGGUGAGAAGAGACAAGGUCUAGAUUCUACAAGGUGAAGAAGACAAAGGCAAUGACGAGGAGACACAGAGAUAGGAUACUCCGAUGGGUGCAAGAGGAGGACCCAUAAAAAGUUCGUGAGAAGUGACCUCAACAUACCAACAUAGUGUGCAGGGAGAAGACCUGCAAGUAGAGAGAGAGAGGGGGAAGAAGACAAGUGAGAGGCGUUGAAGAGGGGCUUCAUGGGGGACUCGAUGAUCAUUAGAUGCAGCGGUGGGAUUUCCUUCCGCCAUUGAAUUGUUCAUACUUUUUAGGUCUCGGUCGUGACUGUGUGUGUGUUGUGAGGAAGGAAACAGAAACAGCAAAAAGUAUUUCUUAUAAUUUCUCUAACUUUUCU